AUGGCAAGAUUACCCCGUCGAGCCAAAGUGGACCUUGCGACCGGGGAAGAUUUCCCCUUCUACGCCCGCGGGGUUAUUCUUGGCGCCGGCACGCGGAGAACGUUGCCCUAUUCAAUGGGAAUUGGAGAUUGCCUCAUCUUGCUCGCCUCUAUCAUAAUGGAGUCGCCUCGAGGACCAGGCGGAUGUUCGAGGAUCAAUAUGACUUCUGUGCUGCGCUUUCGCUCGGUCUGGGGCGUUGAUGCUGGAGUAUAUUAUGAGAACUGGGCUAAGUGGUUUCCCAGCCUAAAGGCUCAGGGUUAUACCGGGGUGGAAAUCGACAUUGCUCCAUUUGAGGAUUUGGCUUCAAUCCGCCGGCUUUGCGACGAAAUUGGUUUGGAGAUUACCAUCUUAAUCCAUACGCUCUGGCCCAUGUAUGCCGGUCCGAAGCCCGCGGGCCUCACACCUAAAGACCACCUGGUCGGCUAUCGCACACAAUUGGAGCGCGCCAAGACGCUCAAGCCAUGCAAAGUCAAUGCGCAUUCCGGAGACGACCAAUGGACGGUUGACGAGGCGGUCGAAUUCUUCGAGGGCUCCCUGGUCGUCGAUGCCGAGCUCGGGCUUCAGGGCAAGGUCUGUCACGAGACUCACCGGAACCGAGCCUUUUUCGGUCCAUACACAACCGCGAAGGUAUUGAAGAGAGUACCUAGUCUGCGUGUGACGGCCGACUUUUCCCACUUCGUUGUUGUCUGCGAACGGCUGCUGGAUCAAGGCGAGGAAGACAAGGAGCUUCUGCGAACGAUAAUCCCCCAUGUAAGCGACGAGACCCUUCGCGAUGAAGUCUAUCUAUGCCAAGCUGAUCUCUUCAAGGUCAAUCAUAUCCAUGCUAGAAUGGGCACGACACAGUCCUCGCAGUGCCCUGAGCCAACGAACCCGGUCUUUAAGGAGGAACGACGAUUUUUUGAAGAUUCGUGGAAACAGAUUAUUGAGGCUUUUGCGACUGGUCCAUUCAAAUCAGAACCUAUUACAUUUGUCCCUGAGUAUGGACCUUAUCCCUAUCACCCGUUCGGAGCUGCCAGCGAUUUCUCCGACGUCGCCGAUAGCGAAGCUAGCCGUCUUCACCCGCUGUUUGAAGAGUGGUCCAAGGCUGCAGCGGCGCGUUCAUAG